AUGGAGAGCGUCAGCCUCCAGCGACCCGCCUGGAAAUGGCAAGUACUGAGUUUGUUUUUGCUCUGCGGCUGGGGCUGGGUCUCCGGGCAGAUCCGCUACUCGGUGGUUGAGGAGUCGGAGGUGGGAACCGUGGUGGGGAAUGUGGCCCGGGACCUGGGCUUGAAGGUGGAGGAGCUGCCGGGUCGCAGGCUGCGCCUGGGCUCAGAGGAGAGCCUGCGCCACUUCACCGUGCGCCUGGACAGCGGCGCACUGGUGGUGAGCCAGCAGCUGGACCGGGAGCGUCUGUGCGGAGCAGCUGCCAGCUGCGUGCUGUCAGUGCAGGUGGUGACAGAGAACCCCCUGCAGCUCUUCCGCCUGGAAGUGGAGAUCCUGGACCUGAAUGACAACUCCCCAAGCUUCCCCACCGCUCACCGCACGCUGCGCGUUGCCGAGUCUGCCACAGUGGCUGCGCGCUUCCCCCUGGAGAGCGCGCAGGACCCUGAUGUGGGCACCAAUGCCGUGGGCUCCUACCGGCUGAGCCCCAACUCCCACUUCUCCCUGGAUGUCAAGCAGCAGCAGGAUGGCAAACUGUUCCCGGAGCUGGUGCUGGAGCAUGCCCUGGACCGGGAAGAGCAGCCAGAACUGCAGCUGGUGGUGACGGCCAUAGACGGGGGAAGCCCAGCCCGCUCAGGCACGGCGCAGAUAACAGUCCUGGUCCUGGAUGUCAAUGACAAUGCGCCCACUUUUGACCACACCACGUACAAAGUGCAAGUCCCGGAAAACACACCUGUGGGGGCCCUGCUCCUCCGGCUUAAUGCGUCUGACCCCGAUGAGGGCCCCAAUGGGGAGACGCAGUACUCCUUUGGGGUUCACACCUCCGACUCAGUCCGGAGGCUCUUCGCCCUGGAUCCCCGCAGUGGCGAGGUCCGGGUGAGUGGGGCCCUGGACUUCGAGGAAUCACCUUUCUAUGAGAUCUACAUGCGAGCCCAUGACAGAGGGGUCCCAGAGAUGGAGGGCCACUGCAUACUGCAGGUGGAAGUGGAGGAUGCCAAUGACAACCCCCCAGAGGUGUUAAAAAAGGUGCCGGAAGACACCCCACUGGAGACUGUCGUGGGGCUCUUCAAUGUACGGGACCGAGACUCGGGGGCCAAUGGGGAUGUGAGCUUGGAGAUCUCUCCCAAUGUACCUUUCGCCAUCAGGUCUCUUCAGAACCACUUCUCCCUCAUCACCCGGGAGAGCCUGGACCGAGAGUCCACCUCACAGUAUGUAGUGGAGCUGAUCGCCCAAGAUGGUGGGUCUCCCGCCCUCACCACAACGCUCACGCUGCUCCUCAACAUAUCUGAUGUGAAUGACAACCCCCCGCACUUCUUGCAGCCCUCCUACGAUGCCUUCCUCCCAGAGAACAACCCACCUGGCUCCCUGCUGUGCACUGUCUCUGCCUCAGACCCCGACGAUGGGGAUAAUUCCCGUCUCGUUUACUCCAUAGAGAGUGGCCAAGUGCAGGGUGCCCCCACCUCUUCCUUCAUCCACAUCAACCCUGACAAUGGCAACCUCUACGCUCAGCGCACCUUUGACUUCGAGCUGCUGCAGGUUCUGCCGGUCUCUGUGACCGUGCGGGACUCGGGGUCCCCCCCGCUCCGUGCCAAUGUUACCGUCUACAUCUUUGUGCUGGACCAGAAUGACCACCCCCCCACCAUCUUGCACCCUGCCAGUGACAGCGACGUCCCGGCACUCCAGAGGGUCCCGCUGUCUGCCCCACCAGGCUACCUGGUCACCAAGGUGACAGCAGUGGACGCGGAUGCCGGGCACAAUGCCCGGCUCUCAUCCCAACUGCUGCCGCAGUCCACCGACCCCUCCUUGUUCCAUGUGUCGCUGUACACCGGGGAGGUGCGGACGGCACGUGCCCUCCAGGACACUGACGUGGCAGCACAGCAGCUCAUUGUCCAGGUGACGGACAACGGUGACCCACCGCUCUCCACCACUGUCACCCUCACCGUGGCCCUGGAGGAGGCGGCCCUGGAGGAGACCUACAAGCCUCGGGAUUUCCUGGCUGGUGCCAAGGAGAAGCCGGACCUGACCCUCUACCUGAUCAUCGCGCUGGCAGCCGUUAGCACUGUGGUGCUCGCCACCGUCACCCUCCUGGCUGCCCGGUGCCUCCGGCGCAGAGGCCGUGCUGCCGCCUCGCCCUGCUGCUGCUGCUGGCUCAGCGAGUCGCCCUCCCGGGACUUCUUCAAGCACUCCAGCCCCAAGCUCCAGCUCAGCUCCGACGGCACCCUUAAGUACAUGGAGGUCACCCUGCGACCCACCGACUCCCAGUCCCAGUGCUACAGCACCUGCUUCUCCCCCGGCUCCGACCGGAGCGACUUCACCUUCCUGCGGAUGCCGAGGGCAGGGAAGGCGGGCCGGUCCCUGGGACUGCCGCGUGUCUUCUCUUUCUGUUUGUUCUUGCACAGCUCCUCUGCUCAGAUCCGGUACAGCAUCCCGGAGGAGCUCACCCGGGGCGCCUUCGUGGGCAAUAUCGCGAAGGACCUGGGCACCGAUGUGGCGAAACUGGCGGCAGCUAAUCUGCAGGUACUGUCCGAUUCGGAUUCCCAGUACUUCUCGGUCAAUGUGAACACCGGCGUUAUAAUGGUCAGCGAGCGGAUAGACAGGGAGCAGCUCUGCGGGCAGAACCCCCGCUGCUUCCUCCACCUGAAACUUGCCAUCGAGAACCCAGUGGAGUUUUACCGCAUCGAGGUGGAGAUCCUGGAUAUCAAUGACAACCCCCCGGAGUUCCCCAGUGAUGAGGUUUCCUUGCGCAUCUACGAGCUGGCAUCCCUGGGCGCCCGCUUCCCCAUCCAGCCUGCCCAGGACCCUGAUGUGGGCACCAACACCUUGCAGACCUAUCACCUGAGUGCCAAUGAGAACUUCAACCUCAACGUGAAAGCGCGCACAGAUGGUGGGAAGUUCCCUGAGCUGGUGCUGGAGAGGGCCCUGGACCGGGAACUCAGAGCUUUCCACCACCUGGUCCUGACCGCUGAAGAUGGGGGCUCUCCCCCCCAGUCCAGCAAGACACACAUCACUAUUCAGGUCCUGGAUGCCAACGACAACCACCCGGUCUUUGACAGACCUUCGUAUGGAGCCCGCUUGGUGGAGAACUCGCCGCUGGGCACCCUCGUGGUGAAGUUAAAUGCCACCGAUGUGGACGAAGGGCCCAAUGGAGACAUCCGCUACUCCCUCAGCAGCCACAACUCAGCUGCCUUACGCCAGAUCUUUGCCAUUGAUGAGCAAACUGGGGAGAUUCGCGUCCAGGGCAACCUGGACUUCGAGGAGGCGACAGUGUAUGAGAUCGAAGUGGAAGCCAAGGACAUGGGAUCGCCCACGAUGGAGGAGCACUGCAGUGUAGUGGUGGAAAUCACUGAUGUGAACGACAAUGCCCCCGAGGUCAUUCUUACCUCCUUCUCCAGUUCCCUGAGCGAGGACGCACCCCCGGGCACAGUGGUGGCCGUGAUACACGUCAGAGACAGGGACUCUGGUGAGCAGGGAAAGGUCCAGUGUCACGUGUCUCCAGAUCUUCCCUUCCAGCUGCGUAAGGACUAUGAGCACCAGUACUCGCUGCUGACCAGCACCCGUUUGGACCGGGAACACGUUGCCUACUACAAUGUCACUGUCUCUGCCUCGGACCUGGGCAGUCCCCCGCUCUCCCGCCACACCAUCUUGCCAAUUGCCCUCGCAGAUGUCAAUGACAACGCGCCCCAGUUUGAGCAAGAAUCCUACGAAGUGCUGGUGGCAGAAAACAACCCGGUGGGCAGCGUGCUGGUUACAGUUUCUGCUGCGGACCCUGACUCGGAGCAGAAUUCCCGCCUCUCCUACUCCAUCCUGCUAGCUGGUGGGACAGAUCCAGGCCUGGAUCCAACUCGCUACCUCUCCAUACAUCCCACAAGUGGGCAGGUCUCUGCCAAAUUCCCCUUUGACUAUGAGCAAACCACCUAUCUCCAAUUCCAUGUGGAGGUUUCUGAUGGUGGCUCCCCGGCCCUGAGGAACAGGACGCUGGUUCAUGUUUUUAUAGUGGACCAGAACGACAAUGCCCCGCAGGUGCAUUUCCCCAGGGCCGGGGAGGACUCCGCUACCCAGUUCCGAAUCUCCCCCUCCACCACCCCUCCUGCUCUCAUCACCAAGGUGGUGGCAAUAGAUGCGGACUCGGGGCGCAAUGCCUGGCUUUCCUACCACCUCGUGGAAGCCACAGACCCGGGGCUUUUCAGUGUGGCCCUGCGCUCCGGGGAGAUCCGGAUCACACGGGCCCUGCAGGAGACGGAUGCCUCUGCACAUGAACUGGUGGUGGUAGUCCGGGAUGCUGGGGAGCCCCCGCUCUCCACAGCCAUCACGCUGGUGGUGCUGGUGGAGGAGAAGGGCCCAGAGGCCUUGCAGGGCUCUGAGGCUCAGGCUGCCGACGGUGGGGGCUUACCCACGAUUACGCUUUAUCUGAUCGUGUCCCUAGUGCUCAUCUCCACCGUCUCACUGGUGGGACUGGCAGCACUGGGCGUGCGGUGCCUCCGGCGGGGCUCUGCACCUGCCAACCAGGGCUGCUGUGUGGAGAGCGUGAACACGCUUCAGCCCCCUCCCAGCCACAUUUUUGGGCACUUGCACUACGAGCCUAAGCAAGGGGACACGGUGAUGGGCGUCCAGGUGACAGCCACGGCACCCCCCGCCCCACGUUACCGCUCCUGCUUUUCGCCAGUCUCGGACAUCAGCGAGUUCAUGUUUGUGAAACCCUCCGCGGGUCCAGCCGGUGCCAACCCGCCGGAUCCCACCCUGUGCAGCGAGCUCCCGCUGCUGCUCGCAGCCCUCUCCUGCCUGCCGGCUCUCAGCAGCGCCCAGCUCCGCUACUCCGUGCCCGAGGACCGAGAGCCGGGCUUCUCGGUCGGCGACCUGGCCAAGGACCUGGGGGUGGAGGUGCGGAGCCUGGCCGCCCGCAGCCUGCGCCUGGUGAGCGAGGGUGGGCAGCAGCACUUCCAGGUGGACCUGGCGGCGGGUGUGCUGCUCCUCAGUAGCAGGCUGGACCGGGAGGCACUGUGCGGGCAGAGCCCCACGUGCUCCCUGCACCUCCAACUCGUCAUGGAGAACCCCCUCCAGCUCCACCGUGUUGAGGUGGACGUCCUCGACGUGAAUGACAACGCGCCCCAGUUCCCCAAGCCGGAGGUGGUCUUGGAGAUCACUGAGGUAGCCAACCCUGGGACUCGGCUACCCUUGGAGGUAGCAGAAGACCCAGAUAUGGGCUCCAACUCCAUCUCCACCUACGAGCUCAGCCCCAGUGAGCAUUUUGCCCUCAGUAUCAACGUGAGAGGAGAUGGUGUUAAAAUGCCUGAGAUUGUACUUGAAAAAGCACUGGAUAGAGAGAAAGUGGCUGUUCAUCACCUAACACUGACAGCCCUGGAUGGAGGGAAUCCAGUGAAAUCCGGCACUGCCAAGGUUACCAUCCAUGUCCUGGAUGCAAAUGACAACCCUCCUGUCUGUGACCCACCCAUAUCCAAGGUACAUCUGGAGGAGAAUGUGCCAGUGGGCACUCUGGUCACCAAGUUGAAUGUCACCGACCUGGAUGAAGGUCCCAACGGGGACGUGGAAUAUUCUUUCAAAACUAGCAAUAACGCACCUGGUAAAUUCACCAAGCUGUUCUCCUUAGAUCCCCGGACAGGGGAGAUCAGAACCAAAGGCCCGUUGGAUUAUGAGGAAUCCAGCGCUUAUGAGAUUGCGGUUCGAGCCAGGGACAAGGGAUCCCCCGCCAUGGAAGGACACUGUCACCUGCGAGUGGAAUUAAUCGAUAUCAAUGAUAACAGCCCAGAGAUCGUGCUGACCUCUCUCUCCAGCCCAGUGCAGGAGGAUGCAACCCCGGGCACUGUGAUUGCCCUCAUUGGUGUGAAGGACAGUGAUUCUGGUGAGAAUGGGCAGGUCCGUCUGCAGAUAGCAAAAGAGCUCCCAUUUAAACUGGUGUCGUCUUUUAAAGAGCAUUUCUCGCUGGUCACAAAUGGUCCCCUUGAUCGGGAGAAGGCCAGUGGAUACAACAUCACGGUGAGGGCUGUGGAUUUAGGGUCCCCACAGAGGGCCACGCAAAAAACCUUUUACCUCCAAAUUGCUGACGUGAAUGAUAAUGCGCCAAAUUUCUCCAGCCCUUUUGAUACAGCUCACGUUCAGGAAAACUCCCUUCCUGGAACUUCUGUUUUUUCAGUGUCAGCAUCUGAUCCCGAUGAGGGUAGCAAUGCCAAGCUGUCUUACUCCAUCCUGCUCAAUGGGAUGCAGGAUGUACCCAUCUCAACCUACUUCCGAAUAGACCAGGACAAUGGCACCAUCUACACCGUGAGAGCUCUGGACUACGAGCAGGAUAAGGUGUUCCAGGUGCCCGUGGAGGUGAAGGAUGCUGGGUCUCCAGCGCUGAGUAGUACUGCUGUGGUCCAUGUGUUUGUCCUGGAUGAGAAUGACAAUGCCCCCAUCAUUGUCUACCCAUCCGUCCCCAUGGGCUCUGCCUUCCACCAAACCAUCCCGGCCUUGGCAGAACCUGGCUAUCUGGUCACCAAAAUUGUAGCUGUUGAUGCUGAUAGUGGCCAUAAUGCCUGGCUGUCCUACCAGCUGCAGGAGACCGCUGAGGCUUUGCCUUUCCAAGUGGAACGCCGCUCUGGAGAGAUAAGGGUUGCACAGGCUCUCAGGGAGUCAGAAGAUCCCCACAGGCUGGUGGUCGAAGUGAGGGACAAUGGGACACCAUCCCUCUCGGCCUCUGUGGUAAUAGUCAUUUCUCCAGAGGAAAACAGUGUGCAGGACUUCGCCAAGUCCUUGGACCUCCCCAAAUCUUCUCCCAAGGAUACCAACCUAACGCUUUACCUCAUCAUCUCCUUGGUGUCCAUUUCCCUUGUGUCCUGCGUGAUGUUUGCUGUGGUGGCUGCCCGGUGUCUCAAAGCUGGCGCUGCCAGCUGGACCUUCAUGGGUUGCUGCCGAGGGACUGGCCGCAAGCCCACCUCCCAUUUCCGUGGGCAGAUGAAGCCAGAUGGCUUCAUCAAGUACCUGGACGUGGGAGGAGCGGGCUUGACCUCCCAGGCACAGAAUUACACCUCUUGUUUCUCGCCCAUGUCUGACCAGAGUGAUUUCCUCUUUGUAAAACCUUUCAGCCAUUCUAGCACUGCGGAGACCGUGGCUGCCUAUGAGCAGGUGACCAGCACCUUAGCGAGUCCCUGCGAUGGGUUGGCUGUUCUCUGCCUGUCCUUCCACCUAAGAAGGUGGCUUCAGGGAACGUGUGUCACCGUCACCUCCUGGGAGGUGGCAGGUGAAAGCUUUGGCUCGGCCUGA